AUGGACUCUUCAGAUUCAACACCAACAGCAGUUGCGGAUAUCUCGCUUAAGCUGGCCAAAUACAAGCAAUUAUACCAGACAUAUCUAGACAAGUCUGUGCCAUUUACACUUCAAAGAUGGGUCGGGUUUGGUGUGCUGUUAGUAGUAUUUAUGCUACGUAUCAUUCUAAGUCAAGGUUGGUACAUUGUGUGUUACGCAUUAGGAAUCUACCUCUUGAACUUGUUUCUAGCGUUUUUGCAGCCCAAAUUUGACCCUUCACUCGAACAGGACCUGCGUGAUCAGGAUAUGGAAGAGGGCGAGGGAUUGCCUAUUUCUCAAGGAUCAAAGGAUGACGAGUUCAGACCAUUUAUCCGUCGUCUUCCAGAGUUCAAGUUCUGGCACAAUGCUACCAGAGCCACUGCAAUUGGUUUUGUAUGUUCUUGGUUCUCUGUUUUCGACGUGCCUGUGCUUUGGCAGAUUCUGCUUCUCUACUUCAUCAUCCUCUUUAGUUUAACUAUGAGACGCCAGAUCCAGCACAUGAUUAAGUAUAGAUAUCUUCCUUUUGACUUGGGCAAAGUCAAGUACAACCGCUCGUAA